CCCACAACGAGACACAUGAGGAGCAGCAAAAAGGAAAAUGGCGGCCAUCUCAGUUUCCUCUCUCACGGCUGCCUUAUCUUCUCUCUCGUUUUCUUCCCAAAUUGCUCCCAAAUCUCAAAAUCUACCAUUCUCUCGGGCAAAAUCCUUUCCAAACACCUACCUUGUCAAUCCCCAUUCCCUGGUUGUUGCCGCAUCGGCCGCUACGGUUACUUCUCCAGUCGAUUUGGAGACCACAAACCUUGAAAAGUACAUCAAAUCCAGACUUCCCGGUGGCUUCGCCGCACAGACGAUCAUUGGAACUGGUCGACGAAAAUGUGCCAUUGCUCGCGUCGUUCUCCAGGAAGGAACCGGGAAAGUUUUCAUCAACUACCGCGACGCCAAGGAAUAUCUUCAGGGGAAUCCCUUAUGGCUACAAUAUGUCAAAGUCCCUUUGGUAACCUUAGGCUAUGAAAGCAGCUAUGAUGUGUUUGUUAAAGCUCAUGGGGGUGGUCUCUCUGGUCAGGCUCAAGCAAUUUCUCUUGGUAUUGCUCGUGCUUUGCUAAAAGUGAGCGAGAACCAUAGGGUGCCUCUUAGGAAAGAAGGUCUUCUGACCAGAGACUCAAGAGUUGUUGAGAGGAAGAAAGCUGGUCUCAAGAAGGCUCGUAAAGCCCCACAGUUUUCAAAACGUUGAGUUUAGAACCUUGAACAUUCAAGGCUAUUUGAAUUUUCCCUCCUACUUGUGUUUAUUUGGCUUUGAAGGCAUGUAUUUUUAAUCAUUCAUAGUUUUUUUUUUUGCUUUCGUAGUUUCAGAUUGAAACAUGGCUUUCCAUGUACCUUCUUUCUAUGUUCAACCUGUAAAAAUUUUUUCAUUUUAAGAUUCAAACCUAGAAUUGUGGUACUUUCUAUUUAAUCUCAUAACAUGCCUCAGGUAUGGGAUUAAAAACUAAUGUGGACGCAUAGUAGAAUCAAAUAAAAUUAUCAUGUGCAA